CAGCGGCAAAAGGGGAGGGGGAAUCACUGACGCAAAGGGGAGGGGGAAUCCGCGGCGAAAGGGGGUCGAGGUUUGCGUGAGAUGGUUGUUUUAAAGGGGGAAUCCGCGGCUGGUGGUUUUGGGCUUGUUUUCGGCGACGGUGGGUGGUGCUGCGGGUGGUUUCGGGUGAAGGGAGUGAAAUUGCGGGUGGUUUCGGGGGAAGAGAGUGAGGUAGCGAACGGAUUCAGGGAAAUUCGAUGGUUUUCGGUGGGGUUGAAGAAGGAGGUGGUGGUUUCCGGUGGGUGCUAGGGUGGGAGGCGGUGGGGCUGCGGUGGGAUGAAGGUGGCUGGGUUGGAUUUUUUUUAUUUUUAGUUUUUAUUUUUAAUUUUUUUGAGUAAUAAGAUUGCGACAUGUGGCAUUUAAGAAAAUAAAUAAAAAAAAGAUACCUUUUAAAUAGGUCACCAAUCAUUUGACCUAAUGAAAGAAAAUGCCCCCCAAAGUUGGGAUUAUUCAAUAAUAAUCGAAAGUUGGGAUUAAUGAAAGAAAAUCGGCGAAAUUUGAGAUUAAUAAUUACAAAUUUUCCUAAUAAUUAUAAUAAUAAUAAUAAUAAUCACGCUCGCACCAGCUUUGUCAUUAGUCAUUAGCUUGUAACGAACUUGGAAAAAAGUAGUUAACCAAUGUCUCCAACAGACGCUAAUAUACUUCACUUUGUAACAGAAAAUUAAAACUCUAACAAACUCUUUUCCUUGCCGCUCAAACUCAACAAAUCAAAUCUCUCAAUUUCUUUCACUCUCCUCCAUUUUUCUUCUCUCUCACAAAAACCCAGAAAACAAGCUAAGCUUUGAAGCUUCAACAAUGUCGCUUCCCAUUUUAAAGGCAUGUAGGAAGAGAAAGAGAGCCCCAAAACUCUUUGGUCUCAACACUUUCUGCGAUCCAGGUUGCCCAAUUAAACCAACUGGAGCUUUUCGAGAUAAUAUUAGGGUGUUUCUUCAAGAAUGUGCUGAAAUUGAAGACUACAAGAUCGAUUCCAUGCUUGUUUGGUGUACUCUUCUUGUUCAAGAAAGUGGGGGUGUCGUUCUUCCUCUUUAUACCAUUGAAGAAAAUGUCAAGAACUCAAAACAGCCCUUUUGUGAUCAUUGUCGUUGUUGUGGAUGGAGUCAUCACUAUAUGUCAAAAAGGAAUUAUCAUGUGAUAAUUCCCCUUGAUUCAGAGUGGACCAAGUCACUUAAUAGUGAUGUCCUUGAGCUUCAAACACAUCUUCUGCAUGGGCUGAUUCAUUGCAAUGGCUUUGGUCAUCUAGUAUGCAUCAAUGGGAUUGAAGGAGGUUCCAAGUAUCUUUGUGGAAGAGAGAUAAUGGAUCUAUGGGAUCGGAUCUGUACAAAUCUUCAUGUAAGAAAGAUCUCAGUGGAAGAUACCUCUAGAAAAAGGUCGAUGGAUCUUAGAAUUCUCCACAGUGUUGCAUACGGACACCCAUGGUUUGGCAGAUGGGGAUACAGAUUCUCCCAUGGUAGCUUUGGGGUUAAAGCACACCACCACCAAAAAGCUGUAGAAGUUCUUAGCUCUCUUAACCUGGAUGACCUGAUUGGCAGUCUCCCAAAAUCGAACAAGUCAGCACAUGUAAAACAAAUCAUAUACUCCUACAGAAAUCUGAGUGAGACCCGUCUCAUCACAUUAAGAGAUCUCCUCAAGUUCAUGCUGACCCUGAAGUCCAAAACUCCAGUUAAAACUAAAGUAGCCUUGGCCCAUGCUGCGUUUCCUGCUUCCUCACCUCAAAUUGAAAAGUUCUCACCAAAAAUUUCCAUGUCAAAGAGGCAACUUAAUACAAGAGCAAAGCCAAUGGUGAAAUGCAGGAAGUUUCAAGCUCUGGUAGCUACCAUGGAUAGCAGAUGGCCCAAACGGAGACUAGAAUUCACAGCUGAAGUUAUAGUUAAUGCCCUGAAGGAAUAUAGGGGAAAUAAGUCCUCCAAGAAAGGAAUGACUAGGCAGGAAGUCCGGGAUGCUGCCAGAGCUCAUAUUGGAGAUACAGGGCUGCUUGAUUAUGUCCUAAAAUCCAUGAAUAAUGUGAUUGUGGGUGAUUACAUAGUUCGACGUCGGACUGACCCAGUGAGCAGGAUUCUGGAGUACACCAUCCAUGAAGUUAGUGAAGCUUCACCUCCUAAGAAAUCUAGCAGAGAAAAGGCAUCUGUUGAACCUGUAUUAGCACUCACUGAAGCCUCUGGAAUAGACAUAUAUCGAGAUGUAUGUAUUUUAUACAAACAGGUGAUAUUGGAUCAGUCUGAUUCAAAUAUUUUGGGCUUGUCUGUUAGAGUAUUACUAGACAGCAAGCACUUCAUGAAGGAAUGGCCUUUCAAAGAUGAAGAUGACCAAUUACUAAGAUUCAUAUGCCAGGUGCUGCCAACUUCAAGUGAGUUAGAGAUGGAACUAUCUAAGAAUCUUUCUCCUGGUGAAGUAAUUGUUCUUCCAUUACAUGCCUCAUUUGGUGACUUGAAAGUAGCAGUUCAACAAGCUUUUAGAGACACUUACUGCAUCAUGGAGCGAUAUACAGUGACUGACAUUGAGGAUUUGGGAAGUUUGUAUGACAAAGAAGUAAUCUUUGGCGCAGUACAAUCAGGUUCUGUAGUUACAGUCAGAGGAAGCGGUAUUGAUUUGAAGAGUGAGUUCAGGUAUGAGGGAGGACCUGACAAUUGGACUGUCAGAUGUUCGUGCGGAGCAACAGAUGAUGAUGGAGAGAGAAUGGUAUCAUGUGACAUCUGUGAAGCGUGGCAACAUACAAGAUGCACAGGCAUUGAGGAUACAGAAGCAGUUCCCCCUCUUUUUGUGUGCCAGAAUUGUUGCUCUUCACUGAUGCCUCCUAGAGUUGAGAACAUCUCUUAUCCUGAAACCGAAACCUUCCAUUAUAUAACAUCGCCACAACCAGUUGAGGAACCGUGGAUGACACUAUCAGUGCCACAAGAAGUAGAGGAAUCAUGGAUGACAUUCUCAUACUGAUUUUUGUUUUUUUUGUAGUUAGAUGGCAAAUGCAUAUUCUUUCCUUUCUUUUCUGUAUUGUUCUUGUAUAUUCUGGUCUAUCUCCAUUUUUUGUUUAUACCUUUCUACUUGCUUAACUGUAUGAUUUGUAUCAUCAAGAAUC